UCGCGAUUGCCGUACGUUUGCGUUCGUAGUCUGUCGCGCUCGCGCGCGAGUCCCGACGAAAUCGUUCUCGCCAUAGAUAUACCCGCACGCUCGGCGUGUCGGACGAUAUCAAAGUUUUUUUUUGACAAUUAUAAUCAUUAUUAUUUUUAUUAUUAUUACUGAGAUAAUUAAUUACUGUUUACCGUCGCCUGGUCGCGUUAUAUUUCCACCGUGUUUCGCGACGCGCAUUCUCGUGAAAGUUUGUCCCGUCGUCGGCCGACGACGGUCCCCGAACCAAGUAGUGGCGCAUCGUGCACGGCUCACUGUCGCGCGCCCGUCGCCGUUGCAAUGGAAAACAAAAAACCCAAAGAGAAGCGAAGAAAUUCUGAGAGACGAAAAGAAAAAUCAAGGGAUGCGGCUCGAUCUAGACGUAGUAAAGAGACCGAAAUAUUUACAGAUCUCGGAUCAGCAUUACCUUUACCAGCAUCCGUUAUUAGUCAGUUAGAUAAAGCAACAAUUAUGCGAUUGACUAUUGCAUCUUUCAAAAUUAUGGACGCUUUAUCAUCAACAAAUAUUAAUGUAAAACCCGAUGAAAAAGAUAGUCCUCCAAACAUGAGUGGGAUAUGCAACAAGGCAUUGGACGGUAUUGUAUUAAUUACCACGGCUGACGGAGAUAUAAUAUUCAUAUCAGAAAAUAUUUCCAGCUACUUAGGAUUAUCACAGAUUGAUUUAAUCGGACAGUCAAUUUACGAGUUCGCUCAUCUUUGCGACCAAGCUGAAUUGAAAGAUAUUUUAACUAACAAAGAUAUUGGUGAACAAAAGUCGUUUUUUGUUCGAAUGAAAUGCACUCUUACCAAUAAAGGGCGCAAUGUAAAUUUGAAAUCAGCAUCAUAUAAGGUGCUGCAUUUUACAGGACAUUCAGUUAUCAACACUUGUGCCAGAAUAAAAUCAUCAGUUUUAUCAGGUGGAGAAUCAGAUUCAGACUACGAAUCAGAUAAAAAAAUAGAUUCUGAUAGUAAAUCUAUUAAUAGUGAUUCAAAGUUUGAAAAAACUUAUAAUGAUUCUCCAUCUCAUAUAUUUGUGUCAAUCGCUGAACCAAUACCACAUCCAGCAAAUAUUGAGAUACCAUUAUAUAAACAGAGCAAAAUAUUUUUCAGCAAGCAUUCAUUGGAUAUGAAAUAUAUAAUUGCUGAUGAUGUCAUAACAAACUAUGUGGGUUAUGAACCUGAUUCAUUAGUUGCCAAAUCUGUGUUUGAUUAUUUCCAUGCUCAAGAUUGUAAUUCAGUUGAAAAAAGUUUUAAAAUAUUAUUCGAGAAAGGACAGGUAGAGACAAACAGGUAUCGAUUUUUGUCAAAAGGAGGUGGUUAUGUUUGGAUAGUUACACAAGCAACCAUACUAAAUGAUCACAAGGGUCUAAAACCUGAGAGCAUUAUGUGUAUUAAUUACGUAAUUAGUGGCGUGGAACACGGCGACGAGAUCUACUCACUGUGCCAGCUAUCACCGGUCAUCUGCAAGCCCGCCAUCCAGGACAAACCGUCGUCGCCGCAAAAGCAAAAACAGCAAAAACAACAGCCGCAACAACUGAAACAGCAACCCUCAACUUCUGCCAAAAGACCGUCAUCCACGGAAAAAGUGUUCAAGCCCAAGUGUUUGGUGGAUUCUUCCACGUUCUUAUUGCCGGCAGGCAAUGGGCCGGUUUAUCUGGACGUGAACGGUGACGGUAAGCCGAGAACCGCAUCGCAGUCGACUACAUCUACCGCCAGUGUCAUAAAAAAGAAACCAGAAUCGUGUUUGGAGAGCCCGAAAGCUACAACGGCCAAGAUUUUCGCCCCGCGGACCGAAGACAUGAACAAGGGGUUCCUGACGUUUUCGGAUGACGACACGGGACUGACCAUGCUCAAAGACGAACCGGAAGACUUGACUCAUCUGGCCCCGACGGCUGGUGACGUGUGCGUGCCUCUGGACACUUGUGGUCUCGGGCAUCUUGGCCUGUUCAUGUCCGAUGUACUUGACGACCUCAUACUCACCGACUGUUCGUUGGCGCCGUUCGACUCGUUGCCGGCGCCGCCGUCGCUGCACGACGCAUACUCUUCGGCUUCCCGGUCGUCACCGCCGAUGCACCACCUACACCACCAUCACCUCCACCACGGCGACGAACUGUCGCAGCACGCCGUCACCGACCUGUGCGAUCCGACCAUGUCCUCGCUGUUGGGCAUGGACCUGGACAACAGCCCCAAUGACUUAGACUUGGACCUGUCGCUCAAGAAUCAGUUCAUACCCCUGUACGAAGACGACCUGUACCCACUGUUGUCGGACGAUCUGCUGUGGGGCAGCGGUGACAGAUCGCCGUCGCCAAAACCGUCGCCGAAUGCGGUUAAUCACCAUGACGGCAGUAGCAACAACAACUGGCAUGUGCCAACGACGGAAGAUAUCGUUGGGAAAAAUUCGAUUGACAGAGAUGCGCCGCCGUCUCCUAGCCUGGCCAAAUUGUUGCAGAAGACUGACGCGGACGCACUGCCUUGCAGGCAACAGCACUUUGAUAGCGGCGGUAGCCUCUUACACAUGGACGGUGGUGAUUCGUGGGGAUCGAUCAGCAAAAUGUUACACCAACGGUAUAACUCGGGCGGUUCCUCCGGGUCCGAACCUACAACGGCUGUGACAGAUCAGUGCCAUAACCAACACAACCCCCUACGGCAACAACAACCACAGCCACAGCAACAGUUGGAUUGUAACGGGUCGGCAGCAGGCCGGGCCAAUAGCGGUGGUAUCAAGCGAACUGGGCCGAAUGCCACCGCGGCUGCAGCCCCGUCGACGUGGAAACGGUGUCGUCAAGAGGAAACGGCUAAACAGGGUGCUUCUAACAGCGUGUUAAUGAACUUGCUGGUCAGCGGUUGCGAUGACGACGCGGGAAAAUCAAUGAUCGGCAAGAACUCUAUGGUGAAAGACGGUUCGCAGCCAAGGCACAGAUCGAGGCUAAAGGCCGCCUCGUGCCUAUUGGACCCAGGCAGCUCUUCCAUACCAUCGCUGAUGGACUUGACCGCACAUGACUACGAUGUGAACGCCCCGGCAGGUGGUGUACUGCUCCAGGGAUCGGAACUCUUGAAGGCCCUGGAAAUCGGUGGCGGCGGAAGUGGUGGCGGAAACAUAGCCGUUGCAUAGUUGCCGAAAAAUCAGGAGCAGGAGCAGAAGAAAGGAUAAACAAGAUUGCCGAGCAGUAAUCAAUAUACACCGCGUAUAAUCACACAUACGCACACAUACACAUACAUACACACACAUAUACACAUACACACACACAUAUGCAUACAUACAAACAACUACAAAUAUUAUUUAAUGCCUAUUAUACCCGGACACAAAAUCGAAAUGUCAUACCAUUCUGCUAUCGAAUAAUGAGAUAAUAUUAUCAUGAAAAGAUGUCACAUUAUGUUAUUUUUUUAUUAACGCUCAACAAUAAUUAUUUUGUACAACAGUUACGCGUAAUUAUUGUGCGGAGGACAGAGCAAAGGAAUCCGCAGUCUCUUCUUACUUAUAUUUAUAUAGAGCAUCGUUGUGUCUCGGAACCACUCAGUAGAGUCCGAUUUUUGAGCAACCGUCGCGACGAAUGAUUUACAUCGAGUUUUUUUGUCCUUGCUUGUUGUCUCUGCCCGUCAUAAAUCGCGCAUAUAACUGUUCUCAUUAUUAUUGUUAUUUCGCUCUCCUCUAAAAAGAAAAAAAUAUGUACACCUAUAAAAUUUGUGCGCUGCUGCUCUCCCUCUGCUCCUCUGCUUAUUUAUAUUAUAUAAAAACUAUAUUAUGAUAUCAUAUUCUUAUAUACUAACUUUUUCUAAUAUAUUGUUUGCGUUUAUUAUAGCUUGCCGUGUACCGCGUAGUUUUUAAUUUUUUGAUUUUUUUUCAAUUUUCUGUACACCGAAAAAUAUUACGCACUGCUCGCGUGUAUAGCGCUGGUUUCGGGAUAAUGUACUCUACCCUGCAAAAUCGAUUUUUAUUUGGUUAUCAUUAUAUUAUAGUUAUAUGUACAAUGUACCACAUUUUUUCCACAGUGUAUACCGAUAUCAUUACUAUUAUUAUUAUUAUUAUUAUUACUAUUAUUAUUAUUAUUAUCGUUGUCAAUGAGAAACGUCUUACAACUGAUCUUAUAAUAUUAAGUUUAAAAUGAACCUUUUUCUAUGUCGACAGCAAACUUCAUAAUCUCUUUUUCGGUUACCGAAAUUAAUUUAAUAAUAUGUAGGUACCUUUAUAUAUUGUAAUUUUAAUAUUUUUAUUUUGUAAUGGAGGGGACGAAUGAUGUAAGAGCGCAGUAAAAAGAUUAAGAACAUAGUUACCACUCAUAUAGGUACAUAUGUGGACGAUUUAACAAAAAAAAAAAAAAAAAAUGAAAGGAAAAUUGAAAAUUGUUGUGUACUCUAAGCCUGUAAUUUUAUUUUCA